GGUGGUGAACUCUUCUAUCCAAAGUUCUUUCUUCGCAAACACAUUUCAUUCCAUCAAAUUCGUUCCGCGUUCUCACCCAAACUCACCACGCAUCACUUGCCCUCUUGUCCUCCUCCUCCCUCCAAAACCCCCUAGAUCCACCACCUGCUCCUCCACCUCUACUCCGCCUAUCGCUCAAGAGCUCUGCCCAUGGCCGAUGCCAACAUUGAGAGCAAUCCUCUCUUGCAAGACUUCGAGUUCCCUCCCUUUGACGCUAUCGAGGCCAAGCACGUCCAUCCUGGGAUUCACACUCUCUUGAAGAAGUUGGAGAUUGAUCUAGAGGAAUUGGAGAGGACGGUUGAGCCGUCAUGGCCAAAGCUUGUGGAGCCAUUGGAGAAGAUUGUGGAUCGAUUGGAGGUGGUCUGGGGGAUGAUCAAUCAUCUUAAGGCUGUCAAGGAUACCGCUGAUCUGCGUGCUGCGAUAGGCGAAGUUCUGGAAGAGUGGGUUAAGUUUCAGCUCAGACUUGGGCAAAGUAAACCUGUUUACAAUGCUUUUAAAGCUCUUCAAGAGUCACCUGAUUGGAAGAUGUUGAGUGAUGCUCAAAAACGUAUAGUGGAAAGACAAAUAAAGGAAGCAGUUCUAAAGGGGAUUUCCCUGGAAGAUGGUAAAAGAGAAGAGUUUAACAAAAUUCAGCAGGUGUGA